GGCCGCAGCCGACGCGUGGCUAGUUUGAAAGCUAGGCACAUCUCGCUCCAUCUUGGCACUCUCCAGGCCUGCUCUCCCUAUCGUCGUGCUGCCGCGCACGCGUCGAAGGCGAAACCGAGGUCGGCACAAGCACUCCCAGCCUGCUGCCCAACAACCCAGCCGACGCGCACGCGUGCGCCGUCGACGAGCCGUAUCGAUGCGCGCCCUCGCCGCAGCACUACUGCUCGCAGCACUACAAACCGCGAGCAGCAACCCGAAGCACCCCGGCGACACGAAGACCGACUACUACAAACUUUUGAAAUUGAAAAAGGGCUUCUCCGAGAAGGAGCUGAAGACCGCGUACCGCAACGCGGCCAAAAAGUACCACCCCGACAAGAAUCCGGGGGAUGAAAAAGCCGCCAAGAAAUUUGCACUAGUUGCGGAGGCCCAUGAUGUGUUGUCUGAUCCGACGAAGCGGCGCCAGUACGACCAGACCUUCGGCAAGCCUCAAAGAAGGCCGCAGCCCGGUGGCUUCGGCGGGGGCGGGUUUGGCGGGUCGGGCUCGGUGUGGAAAUCAUCCGGCAACACGUCGAUGGCGUGGAGGUCGACGCGAGGAUUCAGCACGAAGGUGCCGUGAAAUUUUGAUUUCCUCACAGGUCGGGCUUCAAUUUCAACUUCCAGUCGUCCGGCUUCGGUCAGAGGCCGCGCGCGCCACCGCGGCGACGGCCGCCACCGCCGCGGCAGCCGCCGCCUUUACCUCCCCAAGUCGUCAAGGCUCAGAGAUUAGUUGGAAGGAUCUCGUCCUUGUCACGGUUACGAAAAGCUGCCCUUAAUCCUGAUACGGGAACAGCUUCCAAGCAUGUGUUCCACGCCUUCUACACGAGUGGAAGUUGUGAGGAUCGACUGGAUCGGGAGCUCCGCUUCCCCUACCCGCUCGUCGAUCUGGAUGAUUCUAAACACGGCGAUAGAAGGUGGGACGCGCACGUGCGCUAUUUCAAAACUGAUAUCAGUCCGAACAAGCCUUCUUCUGACGACGCGCUGAAGCUCGCGAAGAAGCUGGGCGCGGACGGUGCUGCUACUGACCAAAACCAAUGUCCGACGUUCGUGUCCAUCAAACGCGGGGCUUCGUUACGCGCGAGGGACGUUGUUACUCACUUCUUCCGGAGACGAUCGUCCAACGCCUUCGAGACCUGGGCCACGUCCCAACUGAAGGUCGACGUCACGUUUCGUAAUAGUGUGAAGGCGGACGUCGUGUUGUACUGGCAGGGCUCGGUGUGGAAAUCAACCAGGCGUCGCGUCGACGUGAGAACUUUGAUUCCGACACAGGCACGACCCGCACGACGACGGCUACGGCAAGGUCAUCGCGAAGUUGAGGCCCGGUGCUGAAUUUCGGUCGGGAACGUUCCCGACGCAUCGGUUUUCUUUUUGUCUCGCGACGGCUCAUGAAAGGAUAGACGACAGGGAUAGAGCGUCCGGCGACCGCGUGGCCCUACCGGAAGGUAUUAUCGUCAAGAGCCACGUCGUGACUUCUGAGAGGGAUGUUACGGUGACGGCAAAUGCUCCUUCUUCAGUGUUGGACGGCCACGUGUCCUGUAGACGGUCACCUUGUCGCACGUCCGCGGACAAGGCGCGGUGCCCGCGGCAAUGUCCCAACCGUGGGCGGUGGGGGCGAUCAUCAUCGAAGCCGUCGGAGGAGGACCUGUUCUCGCGGGGGCGGGAGCUUUAGUAUACUGUUCUAAAUUUGCUGCUAGU